AUGUCACUGGCCAACGUAUCUCAGCGGUUCCGCCUCGCCCACCUAUUCCCUAUCUUCGUCGCGGUCGCUCACACCUUGGGUAGUCUCGUGUCUGUAUUCGAUCCAGAAGGAGCUAUUCAUUCGUUUGGGCUGCCCGAAAGAUUUGCACAGUCGCCCAUAGCCCACGCGUGUUUCCUUCUCAGUGGAGCUCGGCUAUCAACCUUGGGAAUGGCGCAGCUUCUUUUUUACCUCAGAGGAGAUUUCUUCGCAGUAGACAUUAUCAUGGCAUUGCUAGUCUGUGUCGGUCUUGUUGAUGGCUUCGUUUGCUGGCAAGAAGGAGUGCCGAGCGCAGCAAUUUUCAGGGCCACAUCCGGGCUAGUCAUUGGUGCGUGGGGAGCUCUGGGGUUGACUUCCAAAUUGUGA